AUGGACCAGCAGCACCAAGAUCUGUGGUCUGCCGUGGUCGCGCUGAAGGAGUCGUCAAGAUGGGUUGAGGAACUGGGGGGUGUCAUCGACGCAGUGGAGGCUCACUUUAGGGCGGAAGAGGCCUUGUUCGACAAGUACCAGAUACCGAAUGUCAUCACUCACCGAACUGAGCACAAGAGAUUCCUCGCCACACUGCGGAAGAAGCAUUCUGAGCUGUCAGCUAAACACGAGGCCAAGGAAGACUUGUCGGCCGAGCUGGAUGACGUCGUGAAGAGCUCGACCAAGUGGUUGAAAAUUCACGCGAAUGCAUACGACGAGCCACAGUAUGGGACAUUCUUCAAAGAUGGUGAGUACAUUGGCAAGUGA